GUGCAACGUUCACCAAUCCACCAGCCAGCCAUACACACAUUGACCAUUUGUACGGCUCGGAAGUCACACAUGCACUCAUCCAUCCAUCCAUCCAAGGCGGAAAAAGCCGUCAGGUUGUCCACCAGACAGACAAGAGGGACACACCGCCCCUUACGCAAACAAACCUAAUCACCACCUCUCUCACACACAGGUGUACAGUCUGUCUGCCUGAUGCGUGCCUGAUGUAUGUUCGUACGACUGACAUGCCGUCGGUUGCCGUCGGCGGCAAAUCAGUCACACGCACAUCGGUCAGGUAUCACUCACGCAGACAAACUGUAACGAUUACUCACGAGCUGAUGGACCUAGACGUGUCGGGUAAACCGUCGUGCUGCUUCCCGCUACCCUGGCUGCUGCCCUGGCUGCCGCCAUCCUUGCGGAAUCGAGCACGCUUCAACGACCCCGGAGCGGGAAUGCUACCACCACCAGCAGCACCCCUCAGCUGGCUCUCUGGCGAGGCUGAUGGCAUGUCCUGGUCAUCCGACGCCAGAGCCUCGACAGCAGCGCGCUUCUUCUGCUGCGCUGCACUCCCACCACCGCCCCGCCCCUCGUCGGGCUUGCUCUCGGGCGGCGUGCCGAAGAGUCCCUCGUCGAAUCCCGACAAGUCCUGGCUGUCGUGCUGCCUCAACCCUCCCCGUGCCGACCAGGCUGAGCGACCCGGUGCCGCGGGUGAGGGCCCGUCGUUCAUCUGCCGAUCCUCGCCCGCAAAGCCAUUCCGCACCAACUCGCCAAGCCUUUUGUCGCGCAUUGACUGUGAGUCGUCCUGCAUCCCUAGGGGGGGCGGGCCGAGAGGGAGGGGGGGCAGCGAGUCCUGCGAUGGGAAAUCGGCACCCAGCCCCAGCGACCGGUAGCAGGGCGGCGGCAGCUGCAGGUGCGGCUGCGACGACUGAAGACCAGGGGGGCUGCCCGAGUUGUCCUGCAAGGCGGAGAGGACACAGAGAGAGAAUGCGCGGGCUGAGAACAGAUGACGUGAUGAGAGCCGGCCGACCUCGUCGUUGUAUGCCCCUCCGGAGGAUGACGCUUCCAUGCCCUGCGAGUCGCCCUUCUGCGGGGGUGGGCGGAGCAGCGAUGACGGGAUGGCAGGGGGAGGCCGACAGGGGGCGACGGGGAGGGGAAGCCGCGCAGGUUCGGACGGACCGCCAUCAACACUCGGCAUGGGAGCUGCAAAGGCGGAAAGAACGAGAAUCCUCACUUCUCGAUCUUUGUCUCUGGUUUCCCCAACCGCCCUCUUUCGUACCUAUGAUUUUCAGGUUCUCAAUGCUCAUCGGUGCCAUCCCGCCGACGGCCGGGCUGGCGUGCUGCUGACCUCCCCUGUGCGCACCCUUGAGCGAUGCCCGCUCCUGCCUGCGACCACCACCACCGCCGCCGCCAGCAGUGCGGUCGGCCUUUGACUCCCUUGGUGGCGCUGGGGGCGGGUGUUGCUGCAGCAGGGGGUGCUGGCUCUUGUCGAACUGCUUCCGGCGCCUCUCGAGGUAGGUCUCGUCCGUGUGCCGCACGCUCGCAAACGACACGUUGGGCUUGUCCAUGCCGUGGGCUUUGAAGUACUCGUUGAUCUCCCGCCGCACUUGAAUGGCGAAGGUGUCAGAAAGGGACGGCUCGCUGUUGUUGCGGCCACCACUGGCAGCAGCCGCCGCCCCCCACUGCGGAGAUGGGGCGUCGUCAUCGAAGCCGUCCUCGUCGUCCAUCUCGGCAGCUACUGAGGCGCGCUUGCCGGCCGCCGUGGUGCGGCGUGCCACUGCUGUGGUGCGGAUGACGAUCUUGGCUACCUCGCCGGCACCGAUCUGACAUGGUGGUGUGGAUGUGUCCCAUGGGCAGCGAAGGGGUGUUUGUGUUUGUGUGUGGUGUGCUUACGUUGAUCCACUGGUUGUCUUCAUCAGUUGGGGUGGGGAAGAGGCGGGAGUACAGCGUCUGGCGCUGGGCGUCAGACAUCAGCCUGAGCUCCUCAGACACCAACGAGUAGUGCUGCAGCCAGAUGGCAGCAAGGCAGCGACCAUCACAGCAGACACACACAACACUCACAAGACUCAUCAGCCUGUGUGUAUGCGUGUGUGUGUGUGUGCAGUGGCUGUGUGUGUGGACGCACUUUUCCGCAUGGGGCGAAGUAGUAGAAAUGCACGUCGGAUGCCAAACGCAACUCGUAACCUGCACACACACACACACACACACACAGCUUUACACGAGAGGUCUCAUCUUCCAUUCUCUCUGUCUCUCCCUCUCUCUCUCUGUGUAAGCUACCGGCAGCGAUUUUCUCUAUGUAGUCCGAGUAGGGUGUGCUGUGAAGGCUCACAGUGGCCGUCUUCCGGCAGUACGGCACAGACACAGUGCCAUAUCCCUGACAAACGGAUGGAUGGAUGGAUGGACCCAUCACACACACACACACACACACAUAUUGCAAUGCAACCCCGCAUGUGCCCCUCCCUCGUGUCUGUGUGUCUUGUGUGCCCCAUUCAUUCCCUGCCGCACUUUUAGGUUGAAGGACUUCUUGCUGGUGCCCUCGGUGCCCUUCUUGGAGCCCUUCCCACCAGUGACUACCUUGACAGGCACCUGACGACUGAACGACAGACAGACAGACAGACACAGUGGGUGGGUGGGAGGGAGGGAGGGAGGGACGGAGGGACGGAGGGAGGGAGGGACACACCGCACCAAACCACACCACAUGUCAGAUCACAGAUGUCACACGUGUUUCUUCCACAUCAGCAGGGCGAGCUUAACGCACCUCUUGCUAGAUGUGUCGGCCAGGCUGCCGCCCACCGUGGCGAAAAACACCGCUGCCAUGUCAGUGAGUCAGACAGACAGACAGACAGACAGACGCCAGUGAAAAGGACAACAGCAUGAGGCAGAGGGAUGUGUGUGUGAGUGAAUGGGUGGGGUGGCUCACUCACUGUUGUCGUAGAAUCUGAGUGACGACUGGGGGGGCCUGUUGAAGACGGGCAGCUCCGCCAUCGCCCUGGCCUCCUUAUCCCCCAUACACAACAGCUUCACAGCCUGGAGGAAAGAAUCAAGGUGGCACACACACACAGGUGGGAGGGAGGGAGGGAGGGAGGGAGGGGAGGCGUGAGAGUGCACAAACGAUGAGAGUCUGUCUGUCGGUCUCAGCCUCGAUGAGCUCACCUCGUCGGCCUUCUCGUAGAUGUGUUUCAUUUCGACAUUUCUGAGGGUGACUGGUGUGUCCUGCAAGAUGCGCGCCGCCAUAUCCUGCACACACACACACACCCCCACACACAGCCAUCGAUGCAGCCGUCCGCGAGAGAGAAGCCCGCCCCUGCUGUUGUAUUGCCCAUGGUUUCUUUGUACCUCCCGCAGGUAGGUCAGGAGUCGUGUGAGGUCGAAGCCCCCAUCGCCCCGCACACGAUCUAUCAGGUCACGGAUGCCUGCAAUCACACACACACACACAAACAAACGACAGAGGGAUUUUCUCCUCGCUCGUGGCACAGCCAUCCUGAGUGGCUGGCUGCCCGGGAUCGAUCUGGUUACCCACUCACCGCGUCUGAGCAUGUACUUGUCGACGGGAUUGAGUUUGAGUCCAGGAGAGCUCACUGCUCGGUGCACCUCGCAAUACAACUCCUGCACAGCACACACACAGAAAGAACAAAAGGCACACAUCGAUCACAGGAAGCACCAGUGCUGUGUGUCUGUCCUCACUGACCGCGCCGCCCACGUGCAGCAGGCCAUCUGCCUACCCUACCCUAGCUGACCUGCAUGAGCGAUUCGAUGUCGUCUGCGUCACCAUUCUGGACCACACUGCUCGCCGACGGCUGAGGAACCAGCGCCAUGUCGAUCUCGCCGUUUCUACCCCUUUUGAUGCUGCCGCUCGUCGUCUUGCUCUGGCUGUGGCUGGGCUUGUUGGCCGGCGGCUGUUCUUUCUUGCCGGGCAUGGCUGAACUGGAGGGCUCGCUAAUCUGGUACUCAAACUUUGGGAAAGUGGCCCAGGUCACAGUCGCUAGAUGGUCCGAAGAAGGCAAUGACAUCCGGGGAGGCACGUCAGCAUCAAAAAUCGAAACUGCC